AUGAACAACGGAGAAGGUUCCAAUGGCAGCAAAGAAAUGCAAGCUGCAAGCUGCAAGCGCGCCCACACCAAGGAACGCGUGCAGGGAUCAAAAGUCCCGCAAGAUGCAUGCACUUUUAGGUCGGCUCCCACUCACUCGAUAGAUCGACUUUUGUUGAUUCCGAAGUGGUCCAGAUGGGCGCGAAAAAGACGUUCAAAGCGUGGUUGUUUGACGGAUGUUGGCCGCGUAGCAGUCUUGGCAGGCUCGCUCGCUCGAGCCGAGCGGGAUAACGUCGUAUCACCGAGGAACCAUGAAACCUGUUUCCAAGCUGUGAUUCGUCCGUUCUUCAACGUCACCUCGUUCGACCUAUUGUCGAAGAUGAAGAAGAACAAGAGGAAACUAUGCGUAUCUAGCUCAUGCAAGUUAGGUUCAGUCAUUGCUCCAGAAUGUCAUCCAACACCACACUACCGCGAUUUAGACUUCAAGACUUCCCUUGCAACGGCAGGGAUUUUGGAUCUGCAUAAAAUAUCACUAACAAUGCUUAUUGGCGUCUUGGAGAAGAUGGACCUCCACUUCUUGCGCCGCCGCUACUCACUUUGGGCAAUCCCCGGGACAGAUUUUUUCAGUGACAGCGCUUUGGCUUGCUUUGCCUCCUUUGUCGGCCCCAAGGAGACUCAUCAUAUUCCCAGUUUGGUGAUGCGCCUUCGUCGGACUAGACAAGUUCAUCGCCUGCUCAUCCGCACGUGGUGCCACCCAGUUACCAAGCGGGAGCGCCUGACGGACGCAGGGCCAUCCACGGCUUGCGACCCUAGACGCGUAGUCGGGAACCAAACUUCGUCAAAUAUUGACAUCGUCUCUCGCUCUACAGUCGACACUUUACGUUUUUCCACAGUCGGACGGUCUCAGCUGAACCUCUUCUCCUCCUCAACACCUAAGCAAUGGCUGCCGAAGCAUCAAAACGAGAAGCAGGGCUUUGCAACCGCUGUCUCCGCGUCCCCGGAUAGCGACGAAGUCUCGGUCAACAGCAGCCUCAGACCAGUUCCUUUGACAUGGAAGCUGGCCUCUGUUGUGUUGGUGACUGCUAUUGGUUUUGGUUCUCAGUGGAGUUCCGGCCUCAGCGGUGCCAUGAAGACAACGAUGAAGAAGGAGAUGAAGAUCAACAACACGCAGUUCUCCCUUUUGGAAGCUAGCGAGGAUUUUAUGGUUACAGCUCUGAUGCUUCUCAGCGGUGUUGUUACGGACAGGAUUGGCGGCGCAGGUGCCAUGUUAUACGGCAAUUUCCUCUACUCAGCCGGCUCGAUUCUUGUGGCAGCGGCAGCUCAGACCCGCUCUUACAAGUUUAUGAUUGCGGGCAGAGUUAUCCGCUCCCUCGGAGAUAUUGCGACUCAAGUGGCGCAAUACAAAGUCUUCUCAUCCUGGUUUGCCCCCGGCAACGGCUUUGCCUCGACUUUGGGCUUCGAGCUCGGCAUCGGCAAGAUUGGUGCAUUUGCUGGAAAAUCGUCUGCCAAUAUCAUCGCCAAGAAGACGGGAGAUUUCGCUUGGGUAUUUUGGGUUGCCGUUUUCAUGAAUCUCUUCACGAACGUCAUGACGGGCGUGUUUUACUGGUUUACAAAGGUUGCCAAUAGCAAAUUCCACGGCGUCAGCGACCCUGCUACCGGCGAGAGAUUGAAGGAAAAGACAAAGAAGUUCGAGUUGCGUAAGGUCCUCGAGUUACCGUGGGCCUUCUGGGCAGUCAUGGGCUUCUCGUUAUUCGAAACGAGUACCGCCAUUGUCUUCCUGCAGAACGCCACCGAGCUCGCCGAGCAGCGCUUCGGCACAAGCUCCAUCACUGCCGGUUGGUAUAGCGCUACGUUGCAAUAUGCCGGAUUCUUCGUUGUUCCCCUACUGGGAGUCUUCCUUGACCUCUACGGUAACCGUAUCUCAGUCUUGGUCUUCUGUGGCAUUGGAAUGUUUACCUCCAUGUUGCUCGUGUGCUUCGCCAAUACCACCCAGGGCACUGCUGCGAGUUUCGGAGUCUUCGCUUUCGCCUACUGCUUUGGACCAGCCACCAUUAUUGACAGUAUCCGCACAUCAAUGUGGGACUCAACCGUCUUUGGUUCAGCAUAUGCUCUGAAGAUCACGAUGAACAACGCGAUGAACAUUGUCGUCCGCGUCAUUACUGGCGUCAUCCAAGACAACGACAAUAACUCUUACGACAAGGUGACUAUUGUCUACGUCAUUCUUGCUGGAAUCUCGGUGGUCGUUUCUUUCCUCCUGACGUUUGCUUCCUGGAAGUCCGUCGACCUGGGACACCUUCAGUGGACACGCAAACUGCGCAUUGCGCGUGGCGAGAUCCUCAACGUCAGGAAGGAGAGGUUCUACGGGCAGAAUGGCGAGAAGAACAGACUCAUCUCCAAGAGCUGCUUCGUAGCAUUGAUCGUGCUUAUCUUGGGAAAGGACGAAACAGGAUGCGAUGACUCGUAA